AGCAUGUAUACCUACAACAUAUCUCAAGUGUUAUUGAUUUGAUACUUUAUCAUUACAAAAUAUAGGUUUCCUACAGUGUCAGCCAAACUUGAUCGAGAUCUCAAAAUGAAGAGAGAUAUAGUAAUUUUAUUUAUAAUUUUAUUAUUUCAAAAUAAUGUAGAUGGCUUUUCAAGAAUAGAUCCUUUAGUGGAUACAAAAGUGGGACUGAUUCGAGGUUUAACAGCUCCUGAUGGUGAUUAUUCCAUGUUCAUGGGAAUACCAUACGCGAAGGUGGAUGAAGAAAAUCCUUUCGGGCCAUCAUCUCCUUAUCCUCAGUUUGAUAAAGUAUUCGAAGCAUACGAUGAUUCAGUAGUGUGUCCCCAAAUCGAAGAAUUCAAUAACACCGUAGUGGGUAAGAUCGACUGUUUACAUUUGAAUGUCUACGUUCCAUCAUCUGCGCAUUCGAAGAAUCGCCUUCCAGUUCUAGUUUGGAUCUAUGGAGGUGGAUUUUCAAUUGGGUUCGCUGGAAGAACCCUCUACGGCCCGAAAUAUUUAGUGAGACAUGACGUCAUUUUAGUAACACUGAACUAUCGCCUCGGUCCUUACGGUUUCAUGUGUUUAAAUACUCCUGAAGUACCUGGUAACCAAGGAAUCAAAGAUCAACUACUGGCAUUGAGAUGGGUCAAAGACAACAUAGAGUCGUUUGGUGGUGAUUUUAAUAAAAUAACAAUAUUUGGUGAAAGCGCAGGCGCAAUAUCGGUGGACUUACAUCUACUGUCACCGGAAGAAAAACUUUUCAAUAGCAUCAUAUUGCAAAGUGGGACAGCGUUUAUGUCAACAUUUCAAAGUGAAGCUAAUACUAUGACACCAAUACGUUUGUCUGAGAGACUUGGUUUUAACACAACUGAUAUUUCUGAAGCAUUAUCUUUUCUUUCAACCGUGGACCCGAAAUUAGUUAUAGCAGCUACCUCCGAAGCAGAUUAUUUCGGUCCAUGCAUUGAAAAUGGAAUAUCAAAUGAAGAUGCGUUCAUAAUAGAUUAUACAAUAAACCUCAAUGUACCCAAAGCCAAAGGCAUGCAAAUUUUAAUAGGAUUUAACGAAGAUGAAAUGGUAGGAUUACGUGCAAAUGAAAAGUCCGAUUUUUAUGAAACAUGGAAUGAAAUCCAUAAAAAACUUAGUACUGCUUUUGAUUUUGAAGACGCUGUGUCAGCUGAAUUAGAAGAAAUUAUAAAACAUUUCUACAUCGGUGACCAGGAGAUAAGUGAGAAAGUAAAACUUAGUUUAGCUGAUUUUGAGUCAGACUUUCAGUUCAAUUAUCCUGCUGAAAGAAGUGUAGACAAGUAUAUUAAAAAUGAGGCCGAUCAAGUUUUUUAUUAUAUGUUCUCUUACGUCGGAGAGCGAAACUGGAUGAGAUGGGCGAAUAAUAUAUCAGAGGGUGGAGCAACCCAUGCUGAUGAAAUUGGUUACCUAUUUGAUGUAAGUCUUUGGAAAGAUGAACCUACAGUUGAAGAUCAACGUAUCAUUGAUAGAAUAACUACGAUGUGGACAAACUUUGUCAAAUAUGGUGACCCAACUCCUGAGACCACUGAACUGCUUCCAGUGAAAUGGCAACCGAUCACCAGCAAAGAUUCAUUACACUAUUACUUGAACAUAGACACAGAAAUGAAAAUAGAAACGAGACCAUACAAUGAUAGAAUGGCAUUUUGGGAACUUUUCUACAAAUUAAAUGAAAUUUAUCAGAAAGGGUACAAGAACUAACUCACGUGUGAUAGAAGAAGUUUAAUAAAUAAGUAAAUAUUUAAAUGAGAUUACAUUAUUUGUUACUUAGUUCA